AAAGAUUGAAAGCGUGUGGCGGGUAGAUUGUGCUCUGUUUGCCUCAAACGCCUGAACUAGUCGAGUUUUAGGAGUGAAUAAAAUAAAAUAAUGUUGAGCAAAUGUUUUAAAAACGAAUAACAACUAAAGUUUAAGUGUAACAUAAGAUAAUGGCUGCACCUAUAGACGUUGCAUCGAUUCGGAUGCAAACUUUUCUGCAAUUACCUUUGGCACAGAGAUGUCGUGAAAUCGCUACGCUCAUAGAUGAAUCAAGUACAACCGAUCUUCAGCAUGUAUUUCCCGUCUUGGUGGACUCCUUGUUUGGCGUUACUGACAACAUAGGAUGGGGAUUGCAUUCUAUUAACCUGAAGAGGCGUCAACAUGAAUACGAAGUGCUUUGCCACUUUUUGGGUCCGCAGGGACCAAUAUUUUCUCUCUGUUACAAACUGUUACCAGAUUGUUACUUGAAAUAUAAGUUUCCGCUGUCGUAUCUACCGUCAAAGAUACGUCUUAUGCUAGAAGAUGGGAUCGUUCCACCGUUUUAUUCCGACAAAAUCAGGGUUGACCAAAAUACGAGACUUCCAAGUGCUUUGUUUAUGAAUCCCUUUGAGUACUACAUAUUUCACUUUGCUUACCACUUGACCAACCCAUGGUUACAAGUGCAACAAGAAGAUAAUGUUUGGGUCAAUUGGGAGACGAUAUACGUUCAGCUCGCACAUACUUAUCUCUAUCACUUUCUACCCAGAGAUAAUUCACCCGUUUUACCAAUUAUUGGACCAUAUGUUAAAACUCCACCACGAAAGUUGAUGCAAUCACCUGACUCCAAAAGGCUUCAAACUCCAAGACUUCUGAAGACUUCGAUAUUAUCGCCGGGACCCAUCAGUCCAACGGUAGGCGUACCUCAGCAACAAUGUUUACCACAAGUCUGGAGAAGCGAAACAAUAGUUCAAGUAUUUCUAGAUUUUUGGCUAGAGUAUACUGAGGAAGAAGAGCUGCCGCCUUAUCAUGCUACAUGUUUUCCUGGCACAACACCUCGCAGACAUAGUAUACACUCUGGAGAACACAUUCGGUUGGUGCGAGGGUUCAUCAAGACAUUACACGAAUUUGCUAACAGUGCAACUGGUGAUACGAGUGCAAUGGAUGAAUUGAAAAGGGUGAUAGUGCCAUCGGUACAAGGAAAAAUUUACAUCUUUUUACGUAAAGCAAUUCACCACUGGCCCUUGGAUAGCUCUUUCAGACUGAUUCUAGAAGCGUGGCUGAGCUUUAUUCAACCUUGGAGAUAUAUUCCAGGAGUAGCGUACAGCAGCAUCGGAAAAAUUCAAGAAGAAGAGAGGGGAAAGAUCACGGAUGAAACGCGGUGGCUGUCUUUUGUCGCGAACAAUCUUUUAGCUUACACGGCAAUUUUUCAACAGUUACUGCCCCGUUUUAUGAGAACGGAUCUUGUUGCUCCAAAAAACGCACUGAUGCUUUUCAGAGUUACGAAGGUACUCGCUCAGCCUAAAUUGGCUAGAAUGUUAUUCGAAAUAGAGAGCUGUAUGGAUGACGCAAGACUGAGUAGAGGUAAAGUUUCAACUAAUCAAUGGUCCGCGACAGUGCGUCAGCAAAUAAUAGAAUUGGAAGGUCCCACUUAUCAAUAUGUGCCCAUGUUUUCACCUGCCACUGUUACUCAGAUUGUUUGGUUUCUGAGUACGAUAAAGCAAUCACAUUUGACGGCAACAAGUUUAGUCGAUGCUUUAGAAAAGAGGAGGAUAGGCAGGAGACUAUUAGUAAUGAUUUGGGAAUUCUUCAAUGGCGAGGAUCAUACUUCGGAUGAUAUCAGAUUGGAAGAAAGACGACGAGUUCCCGGAUUCCUUGCCAAUGCUCAACAACAACUCAUGGAUAUAUUUCAAAUAAAAUUCGACGAUAUUCCGCAGGUGGCAAUAGUUGCCGAUCAAGAGUAUCACGACAGUAUAUUGUCAACUUCGGUCUGUAAUCAAUCACACAUGGAUACGAGCUUAGACACGUCUAGGCCAGGAGUUUAUCUACAAAUUCAAGAAAGGCGACAAAGUUGUCGAUACAUUGAGUUCAUGGGAGAUCCCGAGUUACAACCUGUACGGACUCAUGAGAACGCAUUCCUCGUCAGAUUACUCUUUCAAUUAUGUAACCACAUCAACACAAAGUAUCAGCUUCAAUUGCAAACGGCGUACGAUAGACCAGAUAUCGUUGGCCGUUUUAUGCGACGGGUAUUACAACCACCAACAGUGGUAAAACAUUUACCUAAGAGAACGUUCAAUGGGUUUUCCUCAAGCGAAGAAACUCACAUCCCACCUCGGCUCAGUCUUCGAAUUGUGGCUAGCCACAGAUUUCUGGUACCCAUGUUUCUGGGAAUCAUAAUAUUAUGGAUCUUUGGGUACGGAGUUGUGACGACCCUUUUUUCCAUAUUCUGCGUUUGGCUGUUAUACAACUUGUCGCUUGCGGCACUUGAACCAUGGAUCGGUACUCGCAGUCAUCAUGUGCGACCAGAAGCUCUCGGAUAUCUCCAUUAAACGAUG